CAAGGUCAUGCUUGUUGUACAUCCAAACCUGAAUUAAAGGGAAUUGUUGGUAAUGUAACAUUAGGUAAUCGUUUAUUAAAAAAAUGGAAACAAUAUCCAUUAUUUUAUAAUUGGUCAACAAUAAUCGAUACAAUUUCGAUUGGUUAUCGAAAAUCAAUGAAACAACAAAAACAACGAAAACAACAACAACAAAAUCGAUUUUUGAAUAACCGAAAUGAAGAAUCCAAUCAUGAUUGUAUGAAUGAUUGUCCUGAACGUACAUUCAACCUACAUCCUGCAUUCUAUUUAGGUGUAUUCAAUAUGACCGAUAAGGAUCGCCAGCGAGAAUGGUUUCUUGAUGUUCGUAGUUGUUCACGUAAAGGACAAGCAUUUUUAAAUGGUCAUAAUUUAGGUCGUUAUUGGCCGGUUAUGGGACCACAAAUAACAUUAUAUAUACCGAAUGUUUGGUUUAAUUUCAAUGAUGAUAUUAAUACAUUAUUAUUAUUUGAAUUGGAAAGUGAACAAAAAUCUUGUUUUAAAGUUAAAUUGAUUAAUCAACAUAUAUUGAAUGGUACUGUACCGGAUAAUUAUCAAUAACCAACUAACUAAUAAUCAAACUUACCAAUCAACCCCACCAUCCCCACCUCAUUACCUGAUUUGUACCUGUAAUUUUCGUUUCGAAAAA